AACGUAGUUUCAUGUCGCAAAGAUUAUAAGUGCUGCAUAACGAAAUAAGUACUAGGUACUUACGUGAGAUAUAAUUUUUAUAUUCUAGUUGGAAAAUCGGGUAAUCCUGAGCAUUUGCUUAGGUGGUCGUCUAAGAUGUAUGAUAUCUUUAACAUAAUUGAAUUUCUGGGUUAAGUGAUACAAGUUACUAACAUGGAUGAUGAUGGGGAUGAUAAAGACGAUACUAAAAGGAGGACUCGCAACCUGAGUGAGAAAAAACGUCGUGACCAGUUUAACAUAUUGAUUAAUGAGCUCAGCACAAUGGUUUCAUCAAACAAUAGAAAAAUGGAUAAAUCUACAGUUCUGAAAUCUACAAUAUCAUUUUUGAAAAAUCAUAAUGAAAUAACAGUCAAAUCAAGGGCUCAUGAUGUUCAAGAAGAUUGGAAGCCAUCUUUUUUGUCUAACGAGGAGUUUAUAUAUUUAAUUUUAGAAGCUUUAGAAGGAUUUGUUAUGGUGUUUUCUGCUACUGGAAGAAUCUAUUAUGUAUCAGAGAAUGUUGCUUCUUUACUUGGUCAUAAUCCGGCUGAUGUUGUAAACAAAAGCAUUUUUGAUUUAUCUUUUGAAGAAGACAGAUCUCUUCUUUAUAGUCUUCUUCAAAAUCCUGAUUCUACUGUUGAUCUUUUGCAACCUAUAGGAAAAGAUAAUGAAAUCCGAUUCCAGUGUCAUUUACGACGAGGUAAUUUGGACUUCCGAGAAGAGACCGUCUAUGAGCUGGUGCAGUUCAAUGGACAUUUUAGGAUGAAUAUGGAGCACGUAGACAGUGACGAUGCUGGCUUUCGGCAAGACCAUGAGUCAAGAUUGCUAUUCGUAUGCACCUGUCGUUUGUAUACGCCUCAAUUGAUUCGUGACGUAUCGUUGGUGGAUUCUAAUAAAAGCGAGUUUACGUCGCGGCACAGUCUCGAAUGGAAAUUUCUCUAUUUGGACCACCGUGCACCUCCCAUCAUUGGAUACUUGCCUUUCGAAGUCCUCGGUACCUCGGGUUACGACUACUAUCAUUUCGAUGAUCUAGAAAAAGUGGUUUCAUGUCAUGAAACUUUAAUGCAGAAAGGUGAGCUUACAUCAUGCUACUAUCGAUUCUUGACGAAAGGUCAACAGUGGAUAUGGCUGCAGACGAGAUUCUACAUCACCUAUCAUCAAUGGAAUUCUAAGCCUGAGUUUGUCGUGUGUACGCAUCGUGUGGUCAGCCACGCUGAUAUAGCGAAGGGUACACCUCAAGAAGGUGCAGAAGCCGAAAAUGUAAAUGAAGCGGAGGUGACCCGAGUUGAUCUUCAAGAGCCAAAUACUGAGGAGGCAAUAGUAACACUCUCUCCCUCAUAUAUAUCAGAGGCUAGUGAUGCGUUUGCUAAUUCGUAUCAAGUUCUGUCUCGGGUCAGUAUUAUUGACAACAGUGAUAUUUAG